AUGAGUGUAUCAGUGAUUAUUACUCUCGCGACCUUCCUGCCUCUCCUAUUCCGCUUUGGCCUCACUUCGCCAGUACCUCAAAGUGAUACGAACUACUACCCUUCGCUGUACCCUGAACCAUCGCCAUGUGUAGGGAACUGCUCCCACAUCCAUGAUCCUAGUAUCUUCUACGAGGAUGGCACUUACUGGCGCUUCUCUACGAGUGGUAAUAUAGCAGUCGCGACUGCAUCUUCCCUCAGAGGGCCUUGGAUAUACAAAGGCCCUGCUCUCACUGAAGGCACGAAGAUCAAAGUUGCUCCUGACCAAGACAUAUGGGCCCCUUCGAUUUCUAAGUUUGAAAACACCUACUACAUCCACUACUCUGUAAGCACAAUGGGUUCUCAACGCUCACAAAUCGGCCUCGCAACGUCCCUCUCCAUCUCUGGACCCUGGACAGACCACGGUUCCCUCAACUUACCACUCUCCGACACCUAUAAUCUCAUAGACCCUUACGUGUUCCAAGAAUCACCAUCAGAUCCAAUAUACUUCACAUUCGGCUCCUACUGGCAAGGAAUCCAGCAAUUCACUAUUCCCUCAUCCUCGCGCCUCACAGCCCUCGACGGAACCACCGAAGCCAUUCGACCACUUGUCACAAACUCCACUGCCGGCGCCGCCGUCGUCGAGGGCGCAAUAACCUGGAAGCACGACUCGGCAUACUACCUGUUCUUUUCCGUCGGUGCAUGCUGCAACACGCCUACCAGAGCGCCAUACCUCGCGCCACCCGGCGAUGAGUACCAUGUCGUGGUCUGCCGAGCUGAUGCUGUUACUGGACCUUAUUUCGACCGUGAUGGCAGGGACUGUCAGACUGAGAGUGGAGGGACCACGAUUCUGGCGAGUCAUGGGAAUGUAUAUGCGCCUGGCGGACAGGGGAUAAUGAAAAUUGAGGACAGAAGAGAUGUUAUAUACUAUCAUUAUGGUAAGUGGACGUCAAUGGUAGCGGUGGAUGAAGUUGACAAAAGACAGUGA